AUGCCGAUAGUCAUAGACGACGAGAGCGAUGACGACCUCCCGCUCUUCGCCCGGCCCGUGGCGCGGAUGCCCGCGAACAAGGACGGCCCGGGCGAGCGCGAGGAGCCCGACUGGAUGAAGAGCUUCAAGUCCCCAACCUCCCAGGCCCUCAACGCGGACGACGACAGCGACGACGGCAUCAUGGACAUCUUCCAGAGGCACAAGACCGAGGAGAAGUUCGAGAUGAAGUCAACGCCCGCGAAGAUGGUCAGGUCCCCGCCCGCCAACGCCCCCAAGGUGGAGGACGACGACAAGGAUGACGCGGAUGUUGAGGAUGAGCCGAUCGAGAUCGACGACGACGACGACGACGACGACGAGGCCGUGGGCGAUGGCGAUGGCGAUGACGACGACGAAGAGCCGGCGGCGAAGACCAAGCCCAAGACUCCGACGCCCAAGAAACUCGGCCCGCAAUCCGCCAACGCCGACCGCGCCUCCGUGAGGGCGCAAGCCGAGAAGACGGCUGGCACGUCCACCCCGAACCGCCCGGGCGAGGUGCCCCUCUUCAUGCCCUCCGCCGUGAACCGCAACAAGGUGUUCUUCGAGCUGGAGGGCACCGGCGAGGCGGUGGACCUCGAGGGCGACGUCGGCGUCGUCGGCCGCCUCCUCUCCAACGCCAGCGAGAAGCACGGGAGCGGGCUGCAGAUGGACAUGAAGGGCGUCAUCUACAACGCGCGCAUCCUACCGACGCCAGCCAGCGUCGUCAUCCUCGCCGUCAACGCAAACGAGGCCAAAGUGGAAUCGAUCACGCACGACUUCGUGCAGCUGAGACGGGACCCGGUGGCGAACGGCGGAUUGGGAGCGACGCUGGAUGGGUACCUGGGCGUCGACAGCGACGACGAGGAGGGCGCGCACAGGGCCGCGGCGGGACACGCGGCGGCGGCGGCUGUGCGGGCUAUGGAUGACGUGAGCGACCACGAGGGCGACGGGGGCGCCGGCAAGCGCAAGGGAGGGGGUGGCGGGAGCGGGGCGAGGAAGAGCCAGAAGCUGGGCGCGGACGGGAAGAGGAAGGCGACGGGGGGACGCGGCGGGAGAGGGGGGCGAGGGGGGCGGGGCAAGGCGAAGAAGAAGCCCGCCAAGCGACCCAAGAAGUAG